GCUUUGUGCAAGUGCUCCAAGGUCAUCAAUACGGCAUGCUACAACCGCCAUAUUCCCAUCUUGCGUCGCAAAUUUCAAAAACUUGACGCCUCAGAUUACACAAAAGAGAUCAGUCGUGAGAAAAGUUAUAUUUGCAGCAGGAUUCCCAAGAAAUUAUUCCAAAAAACAAGUUGAGUACUUUUUCAGAUCAAGGCUAAAAUAUGUCAAGUUUGUUAGAGUACUCAGAGACAUAACAUGCUACACUGGGUUCGAUAGUACAGGAAUAGCACUAGUGAGAUUUACAAGAACGAGUGCAGCAAGUCGAUGUACUGAGAGAUUUGAUGGUAAACCAGCUGUACCUGGCCACGUCCUAACUAUAAGGUAUACCUUAGAGGAGACAAUAGAAGAUCAUAAAAAGGUUGGUAACCUUUCAUUUUUGUUCGAUUCUAACAGAUUAGAAAAAGUUAACAAAAUGAUGAACCCUAUAGAUCAACCAGUUUCUACGACUUUAUAUGUGACUUCAUUACCUACUAUGUUUAAUGAACUUCAUGUCAGAGAUCUUUUUAAGAAAUUUGGGGAAAUUGUAUCUGUUAGAAAACAAGGAAAAGGAACAACGUUUGCUCAUGUUACAUUUGAAAAACCUAGCUCUGCAAAAAGAGCUCUUAAAACUCUUCAUGGUUGUCAAUUAAAAGGUCGGGCGUUGAAAUUGAGAUAUGCAUAUCACAGGCAAGAUAGAGAAGCUAUUUUGGGUGGUAAGAAGUUGAUUGGGUCACCUCAAGAAUUAUUGAAAAAUAGUCCAGUUUAUCAAGAAUUGGUCAAUGACAAGAAGUCAACCCCUAGAUUUUCCGCCAAAAAAAGAGCUCCACGCUUAUGGAGUGCUUUAAAGCCGGACCUAGGUAAUAUAAUAGUCCCAAAUUCGUCUUUAAAAUUACCAGGUGUGAACUCAUAUUCAUCUAGUGAAACAGUGAGAGCUCCAAAAACAUAUAAUGUUGAAAAUGAUCCAUUUCCUAAAACUGAUCAACGGGUAAUGGAAAAAUUUGGUUUAGAUGCGGACAUGGGUAAUAAAAAAUAUUAAACUUGUAUAUAUGAAUCUUCU